UAAAACAAAAAUAAAAUUUCCUAUUUGAACGUUGAUUUUCGGAAAGCAGAGCCAUAUAUUUCUCUUUCCUUCUUUCAUUCUUUGUGUGAUCGAUCGAUCGAUCUGGGACAAAAAUGGCGCCGGUGUCAGCUUUGGCCAAGUACAAGCUGGUCUUCCUGGGCGAUCAGUCCGUCGGCAAAACCAGUAUCAUCACUCGCUUCAUGUACGAUAAAUUCGACAACACCUAUCAGGCUACCAUUGGUAUUGAUUUUCUGUCAAAAACUAUGUAUCUUGAAGAUCGAACUGUUCGGCUGCAGUUAUGGGAUACAGCUGGACAGGAAAGAUUCAGAAGUCUCAUUCCAAGCUACAUCAGGGAUUCUUCUGUUGCAGUAAUUGUUUAUGAUGUUGCAAGCAGACAAUCUUUCCUAAACACUUCAAAGUGGAUUGAUGAGGUUCGCACUGAGAGGGGAAGUGAUGUCAUUGUUGUCCUUGUUGGAAACAAAACCGAUCUCGCAGACAAGAGGCAAGUUUCUGUAGAGGAAGCAGAAGCCAAGGCUCGCGACCUUAGUGUCAUGUUCAUCGAAACCAGCGCAAAAGCUGGUUUUAAUAUCAAGGCACUGUUUAGGAAAAUUGCUGCAGCUUUGCCAGGAAUGGAAACACUCUCAUCAACAAAGCAAGAAGACAUGGUUGAUGUGAACCUGAGGUCUACUGGUGGCGGUGCAUCUCAGUCACAGGCUGAGUCUGGAUGCGCUUGUUGAUAUAGCCUAUUUUGUCAUUAUCAUUUUACAUGCCCGUUGCUCUUUGGUUUUGCAGCCUAAUCUGUAAAGGUUUUCACUUCGAAUUUCUUUGUUUUGAAAGUUUUUGUCAUAGAUAUAAUUCAGUAUUUCUCUUGAUAAAACUCUAAUAGGUUCUCAAAUAGCUGAAAGAGCUAGGGCUGUAGGAAAACUAAGAUCGGUGAUUUUGAUGUUUUAGUUAGAUAAUAAAAUGCGACGUGUGUAGAUUCGGUUUAAUGAAUUUCUUUGGGCAAUUACGAGCUCUAUGUUUACUCACCUUUUGAUAAGCUGUCUAUUGAAGGGUGAACCUUAUUCAGAAA